CUUUUCAGGAUGUCAUUUAGUUCCUUGCUUGAAGAGGCUAAUCAUACCUUAGAAUCUGAUUGCGAUGUGAAUGACACCCAGUGGUCAAUCGAUAGUAACAGCAGCAAUACUUUACCCUCUCCAUGCACUCCUGCCUCAGCUAAGCCUGCUCCUCAAUCAUUCCCCAACCUUAAUCAGAGCUUCAGCAAUGGUCUGGGACAGAAAAACGGUUCUCCAAACCCAGACAUUGCACAUUAUAAUGCUUUUCAGAACACUAAUUUAAGACAGCACUCAAGUUAUGAUGUGAAAGCUGAACCAAAUCCUUUCUAUGGUCAAAACGGUCUCCAUAACACAUUUGUCAAUCAAGUUUAUCAACAACCAGUUGUUCAGCAAAGGACACAUUUGCCCAUUCAGUUUGAUGAGUAUUACAAUUUGAAUUCCUUGCCUAGGCAAGAGUACAUUGUGAAUAAUCAUAAUCAGCAGUUAUUGUAUCAACAACAUCAGAAAUCUCUUGUUAAUAAUACUCCACCUCCAAAUGUUAAACCUGAGAAAAGCAGAAAGCGUGCAAAUAAAAAAUCAGAACCUCGAAAAAAGAUAAAAAUAGAAUUUAAUGGAGCACCCCCGAACUGGAAAGCUCUCUAUGAUAACAUCAUGGAGAUGCGGAAGAAUAUAGUUGCUCCUGUGGAUGUUAUGGGCUGCUUUAAGAAUGCUGAGUCUGAUAAGGGUCCUAAGAUCUACCGGUACCAAGUUAUGAUCUCGCUAAUGCUGUCAAGUCAAACGAAAGACGAAGUCACUGCUGGUGCAAUGAAGAGACUCAAGAAGUUUGGUUUGACGCCUAAGAAUGUGGCGGACACUGACGAAUCGGUGUUGGCUCAGUUGAUACAUCCAGUUGGCUUUUGGCAGAAGAAAGCAACGUAUAUAAAGAACGCCUCCCGGAUUGUACACACUGAGUAUGAUAAUGAUAUUCCUAACACGGUGGAGGGACUAACGUCCUUACCCGGCAUUGGACCCAAGAUGGCACACCUGUGUAUGGAGUUUGCGUGGAACAAGUUGACAGGAAUCUCAGUGGACACCCACGUCCACAGGAUCUGCCAGAGGCUAGGCUGGACUCCCGCCGGACUAAAACACCCUGACGACACCAGGAAACUUCUCGAACACUGGCUCCCUAAAGAAGAGUGGGGUAGAAUAAACCUGAUGAUGGUUGGCUUCGGACAAGUGGUGUGUCUUCCCACAAAACCACGCUGCUUCGAGUGUAAAAACAAAGAUAUAUGUCCCUACGCUAAGGAUAAUCCUGAGAGAACAAACAAAAAAGCAAGCCAGACUUCUAGACCAUCUGCACGAAGUCAAAAAACACCUAAGGACGAAAAAGUGGAAACUAAACCACGAAUAAAAGCUGAAAAAUCCGAAGCAAAGCAAAUGCCGGAACACUCUACUCCGUACAACACAGGACCCACCCCUACUCCGUACAACACAGGACCCACCCCGGGGACCCCCCUCUUAACCCCACCCCUCCAACCUCCCCACCCCGAAAUGUCGUCUCUCCGCCCCCUACACCUCACCCCUGACUCCUACAUGUACCCUCACUACCAGCAGCCCUACCCUCCUAACUACCUCAAACCUGAACCUGACCACAUGUACCAGACUCUCACUCCCUCGGCCUCGCCUCACGGUCCGUACGAGGCCGGCACCAACCCUUUCUACCAGCACCCUGGUAAUGGCAACUACAACUUUCCCGGGAGCUUCUUUCCGAGUAACAACGGGAGUUACCCGGUAGCAGCCCAGGGGCCUGUGAGUUCACCCUGCGUUCAGAGUCCAAUGAUAGACACUACAACCAGUAGCCCCCUAAUAAACCCUUUCAGUAACACUGAGGAGGGUAACAGGGCUCCGGGUGAGUCGGACCCUCUGCGGGACAAAUCCAACAACGUGCUGGAUAACUUCCUGGAUUGGUAGGAUAGCGGGGAACGCGGGAUGCAGGGUUAUUGUACAUUUGUUAACCAGGGUGUGGGAGCAAGGUUGUUUUAGUAUUUUGCUCGCAUUGCUAUGAUUUGCCGUGGUUUUAAUACAGCAGAUUGAGAUUUAUGCAAGGCGUGAUUUUCGAUCCAACGAAUUUUGGUUUAAUACAUUUAUUUAGAAUUUUAUUUUUCUAUACCGGUUGAUGAAAAUUAAUUAUUAUAUUAUUAUUUAGUUUUAUUAUCAAAUCAAUUGGUUGGAUUUUCUCGUUUAGGAGACAAGCUAACGAUCGUAUUAUCAUCAAACAAAUGAAGUUUUGGGAGUUUGAAUGUUUACAGUGUCAUAUUCAACAACUUCUAUAAGUAUACCUAGUAUAUGAUAUACAUGGUGGUUUGAUGCUAAUUAAUUAAUUGAUUCAUUAUCAUUAUGUUGAAUUCUAUAAAUCGCCA